UUAGUUGGUUCCGAGGAUUAAAUGUGUAUUUUUUUUAAACGCCAGCAUUGAUCAAAAAUGACUAUAGCUGAUUACAUAUCUUCUUUGACUAGUAAUCCAUAUUUUGGGGCUGGUUUUGGAUUAUUUGGUGUUGGUGCGGGUGCUGCAUUACUUCGAAAAGGGUGGCAAGGAACUCUCAUUCUCUUUCGGAGGCAUUAUAUAAUGACUUUGGAAGUACCAUGUAGAGACAAGAGCUACCAGUGGAUGUUACAAUGGAUUACCACACGUGGAGCUGUGCAAACACAGCAUCUGAGUGUAGCAACCGAAUUUUCCCAGUCUGAAUCUGGAAAAGUUUCUACAUCUUAUCACUUUAUUCCUAGUGUUGGUGUACACCUCUUCAAGUAUAAAAAUAAUUGGAUAAGAGUUGAAAGAACACGAGAACAACACACUUUAGAUUUACACAUGGGUGUGCCGUGGGAGACAGUCACACUGACAGCAUUAGGAAAAAAUAAAAAAAUGUUUACAGAUAUGUUAGAAGAAGCUAGGUUGGUAGCAUUGAAACAAACAGAAGGAAGAACUAUACUGUACACCGCCUUGGGAUCUGAAUGGAGACAGUUUGGAGCACCUCGGAAACGCCGCCCACUAGAAUCCGUUGUCCUCGACGUCGGAGUGGCCGAGCGAAUAGUGCAGGAUCUAGUUGAUUUCAUUGGCAACCCGCAAUGGUAUUCUCAAAGAGGAGUUCCGUAUCGCCGAGGGUAUUUGCUUCAUGGUCCUCCAGGUUGCGGUAAAUCUUCAUUUAUUACCGCAUUGGCUGGAAAAUUGGAGUGCGUAGUUUGCGUUCUGAACCUUAGCGAAAAAGGCCUGACGGAUGACCGUUUAAAUCAUUUGAUGAAUACAGCGCCGGUGCAAAGUAUUAUUUUAUUAGAAGAUAUCGACGCGGCCUUUGUAAGCAGAGAUGAAUCGAAAUCAGUGAAGAGUGCGUAUGACGGUGCCAACCGCGUUACACUCAGCGGGCUUUUAAAUUGCUUGGAUGGUGUAACGUCGACGGAAGCGAGGGUCCUUUUCAUGACCACCAAUUACCUGGAUCGGCUUGAUCCAGCUCUUAUUCGGCCGGGAAGAGUCGACGUCCAAGAAUUCAUCGGAUACUGUUCCGAAUUCCAGCUCGCCAACAUGUUCAGGAAAUUCUAUCCUGAAGCGCACGAAUUGCUCGUGGAGCGAUUCGUCCAAGCUGCUAAAAGUCUUGACAAAAAUUUAAGCCCCGCAUCAGUUCAGGGACACUUUAUGUUUCAUAAAACUAGUCCCGAAGACGCCAUCGUUAACCUGCACAAGUUACGAUAGCACAUGCUGUUGUUUAGGAUCUUAAAGAAACAGAGGAUUCAUCCCACUUGAUCUAGCGAACCGUUUCACAUAUGUGUAUUUUCGUUCUUGCAUGUACAGCGGUUCUAUCAU